GGAGAGAAGCCGGCACAAUUCGAUACCAGAUCUUGCAAAAAUUAAAGCAUAAAGUUGAUCGGGAUGCACAUCGUUCGAAGUACUGUAAUUGAUCGGUUACGUCACGUCGGUUCUACAGUGCUCCCCACUUCCGAAGCACUAUAUAAGUGGGGUGGUGAUAGAGGAGAAGUUUGGCGGAUGCUGAAGAAGCUUAGGCUCCCUUUAUUCCGGGUGCAGCAGGCAACAUCUCCCUGAAUUGAGUCCGUCUCGGAUCGAAAGAUGAGAGUGAUCACGUACUCGGACACGGUGCUGGUGCCGCUGAGCCUCUUCCUCACCGUAGGUUACCACGCCUAUCUUUGGCACAGCAUCAAGCGCAAGCCCUCCGUCACCACCAUCGGCCACGACGUGCAGAAGCGCAAGGCAUGGUUUCUUGCCCUCAAAGAGGGGGACGAGAAGGCGGGCAUGUUGGCGGUCCAAAGCACGCGGAACACCCUGAUGGUGACCAUCCUGACUGCAUCCAUAGCCAUCCUGAUCAACUUGGCGCUCGCGGCGCUCACUAACAACGCCUACGACGCGGCCCACCUCUUCGGCAGCACCUUGUUCGGCUCCAAAUCCCCCAAGAUCUUCGCCCUCAAGUACGGCUCAGCGUGUUUCUUCUCGAGCUUCAGCUUCUUGUGCAGCUCGAUGGCGGUCGGCUACUUGAUCGACGCGAAUUUCUUGAUAAAUGCAACUCCCGGAGACGGCACAUUCUCUUCCUCCCCCUACACGCAAGUGGUUUUCGAGAGAGGUUUCUUGCUGGCCCUUUUCGGGAACCGGCUGCUCUGCAUGACGUUUCCCCUGCUGAUGUGGAUGUUCGGGCCGGUCCCGGUCGCGCUCUCCUCCGGGGCGUUGGUGUGGGGGCUUUACGAGCUCGAUUUUGCCCGGAGAUCUCCGCUUUAUGCCGACAAAAACCGUGCAUGAGCAAUUCGGAAUUGUACGAAUUGAGAUGGACCAAACUGCAAUUCAAUUGCCUCAUCAAGCUGGAUUGAUGUACAUUUAGGCUUAGACAUGGCUUGAUAUGUCUACCAAACUGUGGU